CGUUGUGUAGUAAUUGCACAAGCACGAAGACACAUCUGCCACCUAACGUCAGUGAUAGUGGAUACAAUAUAUGUUUGACGAAAUACACCGCGUAAAUUGCCAACAUAAACAUUUAGUUACCGACCUUGAUGGUAUUAUGUGUGGUAUGGAUGUUUACCAUUUACCAUCAUCCAUUUGAAAUGAAGAUACACAAGUUUCUUAUACUGUUAAUGGUAGUUAAUGGUGAAGGAACGCUGUCACAAGGAGACCAAAAAAGAGAAAAAUCCAGAAAAGAAAUAAAAUCUAGAAAGGGUCCUGCACAAAAAAGUGUAAUUGAUAGGGGGCUAGUUGUGCAGGAUCCAUUGCCCGAAGACAUUAUUUCGGAAUAUCAGACAUACCAAGGAAAGGUAAAUGUACACUUUUCCGGAAAAGUUUUAGGUUAUGUGACACCGUGGAAUAAUCAUGGGUAUGAUGUUGCUAAGUUAUUUGGAGAAAAGUUCAGUUAUAUUUCACCUGUAUGGCUGCAAAUACGGCAACAGGCACCAAAAGUAUACGCUAUAACAGGCACACACGAUAUUGAUCUUGGCUGGAUUGAAGCAGUGAGAAAGAGUAGUGGUUAUAAUGUAAGUGUGGUUCCUCGUGUGUUGUUUGAUGGUUGGAAUGUUAAAGACUUAAUGUCCUUGAUAUCUAAUGAUGAUGAACAGGAACACUUAAUGAAAACACUGGUGAAUUCUGCUAAAAAGUACCACUUUAAUGGGUUUGUACUUGAAUUAUGGAGUCAGGCAAUAAGUACAAUGAACAAGAAGUCCUUAGUACAGUUAAUUCAACAGAUGGCCCACAAAUUUAGAAAUGCUGGAAUUGUUCUAAUACUUGUCAUACCUCCUAUACAUGGUAAUGUUUCAGAAUCAUUUAAUACUGAAGAUUUUGAGCAGUUGGUAGAUGAUGUAGAUGCAUUUUCUCUAAUGACAUAUGACUUUUCAAGUCCACAGAGACCUGGUCCCAACAGUCCACUAACGUGGGUUCGCAAUUGUGUGGAGAAGCUUGUUCCUCAUUCAGAUGUUGCUCAACGAUCAAAGAUUCUUAUUGGCCUUAAUUUCUAUGGGAAUGAUUACACCCCAACAGGUGGUGGUCCCAUUGUAAAUAAUCAGUAUAUAUCUCUGCUAAAAGAGUCCCAUGGGCGUUUGCAGUAUGACCAAAGUUCUGCAGAGCAUUACUUUGAACUCAAGUUAAAGACAGGAAGACAUUUGGUGUUUUAUCCAACUUUGUAUUCCAUACAAAAACGCAUUGAACUAGCAGAAGAACUUGGUACAGGAUUGGCUAUCUGGGAACUGGGACAAGGUCUGGAUUAUUUCUAUGAUUUACUUUAACAGGAGCAAAAACAUUAUCUUUGAUUUCUGAUGGGGCAUAUGAAUUUGACUGCAACACAUUUAUUUGUAUGAGAAUAUUUUCUAUAGCACCAGACUCUGUUUUGGAUGGAAUUCACUGAUGUGUAAUGAGUCAGCGUUUUACACAACUUAUAUAUUGUUGGAUAUCAUUGAAAAUGUAUUGUUAUGUUAAUUGUUCAUUACCAUUUUUCUGUUUCCGUGGCUAUAGUUUAGUCCAUUAAAGCUGAGUGGUAACUACAUGUAACACCUGCUUUAACAACCAAUAAUUCUGUGUAUGAUUUAGGGAGUAAAUAGCAAUUAUUUCCUUAAACAUCAUUAACCAGUUGAUCUUUGUAAUGGUUAUGGGUUGUGUUCUCUUUGCCUUAAGUACUGAAUAUUUAAAUAUGAAGAUGAAUUCUGGCAUUGAAGGGUUAAUGUAUAACUUUAAAUUCUGGGGAUAAGUUGUGUCAGAUCUUGAGGGUUUUCCUUUUUGGCGAACACUGCAAGCUGUCAUAUUUAGUAUUAAUGAGUGUUGGAGGGGGAAGGGAGGUCCUGAAAGCCUUAUAUAGACAAGGUAGUAGAUGGCAAAUGGAAUCAUGAAGGGCAUGAAUGGUAGAACAGGGGACCAAAGUGCUAUCCUAGCAGCAAGAACCCUCCCUAAUACACGUUCUCCUGAAGAUGGCAACUGUGGUCUUUACAGAAACGCUGGAAAGCCUAAAAAUUUGACAUUGCUUGUCCCUGAAAACGAAAGUUAUACAGUUAUUAACGUUUAAUAUCUUAUUCUGUGAAAGUAUCGUCUAGCUUUGUAAGAGACACUGUAUUGACAGAGGCACACUAUGGGGAAUUAUUACAGCACAAAUGGAAUAAAAUGGCACAGUCAUAUUUCAGGUACUAGUCUACAUUGUUUGUUUGUUGCGGGCUGUAAAAUGACUACGCAAAAGUGGAAUGUGUAAGAAAUAAAAAUCUGAAUGCUAGACAUUUUAAAACCUUG